CCGCCUUUUUAGAACCCUUUUUUGGGGCAGGAGCGGACUACGCUUGCUCAAGCAUGGCAAAAGAUAUUAAAAAGAAAAAAUGAAUCUCAUGCGUUGCAUGAAUAUUUGGAGUGUUCUAUGCCAACACGUCUGUACAGCUUAUGCUUUGAUUGGAUAAUUUUCAGGAGUAGCUUGGUCCUAUGCAAAUUAAGGGAUUGUAUAUCAUCUUUCCAAUUGGUCUAAAUGAUACACAUUAAUUUAACCAAUCACCGAGCAGAGUUUACAAUCCGGUUUACAUGUAUAAGAGAUUCUCAGUAGCCCAGGAACUUAAAGAAGGUUUUUCGUUUCUUUGUGGAGCAGCAUCUGUACUAGAUUUAACAUGUCCGGACGCGGCAAACAGGGCGGCAAGGCGCGGGCCAAGGCCAAGACUCGCUCUUCCCGAGCAGGUCUUCAGUUCCCCGUGGGUCGUGUGCAUCGGCUUCUACGCAAAGGCAAUUACUCCGAGCGGGUUGGGGCCGGCGCGCCCGUCUACCUGGCCGCUGUGCUGGAGUAUCUGACCGCCGAGAUCCUGGAGCUGGCUGGCAACGCGGCCCGUGACAACAAGAAGACGCGUAUCAUCCCUCGCCACCUGCAGCUGGCCAUCCGCAACGAUGAGGAGCUCAACAAGCUGCUGGGCCGUGUGACCAUCGCUCAGGGCGGUGUCCUGCCCAACAUCCAGGCGGUGCUGCUGCCCAAGAAGACCGAGAGCCACCAUAAGGCUAAGGGCAAGUAAAUGGAAAGCUAGAAUUUUUGAUAUCCAGUCAUGCAUAACAAAAGGCUCUUUUAAGAGCCACUUACAUAAUCAUUCAAAGGGCUUCCACACAUUAUCGUGAAUGUGUCUGCCGAAGUACUCACUUUGAGGUUGGGAAGUGUUAAGUAUCUGGGAAGUGUAAAUUUCAUAAAAGCCUGCUACAUGUUUGCGUGAUCGGCAAUUCGAUCUUCGUGGAAAAUCAAGUGCCAACCUUACUGGUUAGAUUUUUAUUUGGAAGUUUAUUUUGCGACAGCAAUAAAACCACAGGUUAAAUUCUG